CCGGAAGCUGACUUGUCAGUUUUGUUUUGGUAGUUGAGAGGCGCGUGAGCUGCCUCCGUCACCAGUAGAGGCAGCAGAAGGCGACAUGGCGGCGGACUGUGUUCUGAAGGUUCUAUUUGAACUUGAAGGAGUCUUCAUCCAUCCGAGCAGCGAUGAAGACGGCAUCGAGCCAGAUUUACUGGUUUCAGGGACUCUGCGGAUCGUUGACAAGGAUGCUGAAGUCUUCGUGGAGUACAGACCUCUGGAGGACGCAGUCGACCCGUCCAACAUGCUGUGUGCUGGAAAGGACUCCAGCUCAGUCAUGGAGUGGGACCAGUGUUCGGGGGAGAAGUCCAAGUCUCUGAUAGAGACCCAGCAGAGCUACGAGACAGAGUGGGACAUGAUCAACGCCGUGUCCUUCAAGAAGAAAACCUUCACCAACGGAGACGGCUCUGUGAACCCCAGCCAGGAGAGGAGCCGCUGGGCCUUCUGCGUCAGCGUGGGAGACCUGCGCUGCGUCACGCUGAAGGCGGAGGGCUGGAGCUUCCUGCUCCUCACGCUGAAGGAGGCCCGCUCCAAGCUGCCCACGCUGCACUUCCACCAGGGGGGCAGCACACAGUUCCUGGACAGCCUGGGGAGGGUCGCUCUGCUCAGCCCGUCUCCAGAAGAUGAAACCUGUCUGCUGGUCAGUACUCCAAACAGAGCUCUGUCUCAGUCCUUCGAGAACCUUCUGGAUGACAACAACUUUGGACUCGUUAAUAAGUUCAGGAAGGACCCGUACGUCACCACGCUGGGAGGCUUCUCCAAAGUCACCAACUACAUCUUUGAUGCUUUCCGGGGGACAGAGGAGCAGCACCAGCGCCCCCCAGAGGAGGUGGCCGACCUGCUGAGUGAGGUCAUCCCGGGACUGGAGAUCAACCAGCAGGAGGAGCCCGGCUUUGAGGUUAUCACCAGGAUGGACCUGGGUCCGAGGCCGGAGGUAUCAAGGCGGCCCCCCCUGUCAGCAGAGGACUGGACCAAACACCAGGAUCCAGAGGGGAGGAUGACCAGCGGACUCUGUCGCUUGGUGAGGGGAAGAGCCUGGAAGUUCCUGUUGGGAUAUUUCCCGUGGGACAGCACGCUGGAGCAGAGGAAGGUCCUGCAGAGAGACAAAACAGAUGAAUACUUCAGGAUGAAGCUGCAGUGGAAGUCUGUCAGCGAGGAACAGGAGAGGAGGAACUCCAGACUGAGAGACUACAGGAGUCUGAUAGAGAAAGACGUGAACCGGACGGACAGAACCAACAGGUUCUACGAAGGCAUGGACAACCCGGGUCUGGUGCUGCUGCACGACAUCCUGAUGACCUACUGCAUGUACGACUUUGACCUGGACUCAUCCCUCUGGAACUACCUGGUCGUGGAGCUCACCCCUCUGACUCACCCCUCUGGUACUACCUCGGUACGUAGACUCAUCCCUCUGGUACUACCUCGGUACGUAGACUCAUCCUUCUGGAACUACCUCGAGUCUCAGGAUUCAGGAUAUCUGUAUUUCUGUUUCCGCUGGUUGUUGAUCCGAUUCAAAAGAGAGCUCAGCUUCCAGGACGUCCUGCGGCUCUGGGAGGUGAUGUGGACCGGGCUGCCCUGUCAGAACUUCCACCUGCUGGUCUGCUGCUCCAUCCUGGACUCUGAGAAACAGAAGAUCAUGGAGGAGAACUACGGCUUCAAUGAGAUCCUCAAGCACAUUAACGAGCUGUCCAUGAAGCUGGACGUAGAAGAGAUUCUUCAGAAAGCUGAAGGCAUCAGUCAGCAGAUACAGAGCUGUAAGGACCUUCCUCAGUCCAUCAGCAGCAUCCUGGGUCUGGAGCCGGAUCUCUGUGGUUCUGACCCGACACACUCUGGAGCGUCUCCGCCUCUCAGACCGCGGCCGCCCCUUCGGAGACCGGACACUCACACCUCCACCUCCACCUCCACCUCCAACGGACUGUUGAGAGCCAGCAGCGCUCACAACGGCUGCACCGUGGCCUUCUCAUCCUAGUGCACAGGCUGACUGAGUCUGGUCCUAGUGCACAGGCUGACUGAGUCUGGUCCUAGUGCACAGGCUGACUGAGUCUGGUCCUAGUGCACAGGCUGACUGAGUCUGGUCCUAGUGCACAGGCUGACACUGAGUCUGGUCCUAGUGCACAGGCUGACUGAGUCUGGUCCUAGUGCACAGGCUGACUAAGAGUCUGGUCCCAGUACACAGGCUGACUAAGAGUCUGGUCCUAGUGCACAGGCUGACUCAGAGUCUGGUCCCAGUACACAGGCUGACUAAGAGUCUGGUCCCAGUACACAGGCUGACUAAGAGUCUGGUCCUAGUGCACAGGCUGACUCAGAGUCUGGUCCUAGUGCACAGGCUGACUCAGAGUCUGGUCCUAGUGCACAGGCUGACUCAGAGUCUGGUCCUAGUGCACAGGCUGACUCAGAGAGAUCCAGACUCUUAUUUUUGUAAUUUCCUGUUCCAUGUUUGUCUCUUUCCUUCAGAUCUCAGUCAUUCCUUCUCUGCUGUUUUCUAACGCUGCGUUCACACGACUCUUUCAUUUCUAUCAAAGAAAUGAGGGUUACCCUUUACUUAAAGGUAUCUCCAUAAGACUGUCAUGUCACUCUUAUGUACGUACCUUCAAGUAAAAUGUUAUGAAAUGAGAAUAUUUUAUAGUUUCUUCACUGAAGCCUCUUUCCUUAUCUACGUUCUUUCUUCUGUCUUCUUUCCAUCCUUCCCUCCUCUUCUUUCAUUUAAAGGUCCCAUGGCAUGAAAAUGUCCCUUUUUAUGAGGUUUUUUAACAUUAAUAUGAGUUCC